AUGGCUAAAGCUUUUAUAGAACUUUGUUACGCCUGUCGUACAGGUGACGUUGAAAAUGCAGAUAGGCUAAUAUCUACCGGCAUCAAUCUGAAUGACGUAGAUGAGUUUGAUAACUCACCUUUGUUUCUAGCCAGCUUAUGUGGGCACGAGGAGCUGGUCAAACUUCUUCUAGAAAGGGGCGCAAUCUGUGAUCGAGAUAGAUAUGAGGGUGCUCGUUGCAUUUAUGGUGCCUUAACCGAUUCAAUAAGAGAUAUACUACUAGCUUAUGACAUAUCCAAAGCAGUGGAUAUCAGUCAACCUUUUGCUACGCAUAUCUCAAAUUUAUUCAGAGAUAAAAGACUAGGUACAGACGAUAUAAGUUUCAAUUUCGGCAAUGAGAUGACUCUUUCUGGACACAAGUUCAUACUGAAGGCUAGACUUCCAUUAUUACUGAAGGAAGCACAUAUCCAGCAAAACGAAAGUAAUAUCAUUCAUAUUCAAGACAAUAUUCCAAGAGAGAUUUUCGAAAUAUUUUUACAGUUCAUAUACCUGAUUCCAGUUCUUCAUAAGAUCAAAUCCACUGAUUAUGGAAUACUAUUAAAUUUAUCAGACGAAUUCAAUACACCUUUGUUAUAUGAUUUUUUACACAAAUCAAGACACAUGGUUGAUCCAGCGGAAAAAUCUACACUUAUGGCUGACUAUCAGUACAGAGUAACAGAAUUUGCAAGGAAAGAAUUAAGGACAUUUGUUUCAAAUAACAUAAUCGCAAAUGUGUUAGAGUGGCCAACCUCUACAUACUAUGAUAGUACAAGCAUUUUAAAACUCCAGACAUGCUCUGCAUACCCUGAUUUGUUAAUUAGUUCAGUAAAUUGUUCAGGCGUUCGUCGAACAUAUCCGUGUCACCUAGCAGUUCUCAUACGGUGUGAUUAUUUCAAAAUAAUGUUUUCUAAUCCCUUCAGUGAGAAGAAAUACUACUCAGCUGAAAAAAGAGAGAAUAAGGCUGAAAUGCUACCUCUCCUUUCUCUUCCGUGCCACAAUUUUGAAGAGCUUGAGAUAUUAAUUAAAUAUGUAUAUUAUGACAACGCAGAUAUAUCUUGGGAAUACGCCAUUGAUGUUAUCAAACUUGCUAGUUUCGUUUUAUCGGAUAGACUCAAAACAAUGGCAGCCGCUGUUAUAACACAAUCAAAAGAAAUACUGGAAAGUAUCUCGAUUUUUGAAAUAUUAUCCCUAGCUUGGGAAGCAGACAUAGAAAAGUUGGAACAUUUCUCAGCAAAGCAUCUGGCGUACAAUUUAGAUGACUACAUCGAUACGCAAGAGUUUGAGGACGCGAUACUCAAGAGCUCACAACGAAUAAAAAGUCGUGAAGAAACUGAUACGAUCGAGUUGAUUGCGGAUAUGAGGUAUUACUUGUUAGAGAAGUAUGGAGUGGACAUGGAUGAUCUUAUUAUUUUGGAAAAGAAUAAUGCUGAUGAAAAAUUUCUUAAAAGUAUUGGCUUGUUCGACUUCAGUCAAGAUAUGCAAUCAAUUAACGCCAUCCUUCAAAGGCUCAGUCUCAGAGUAUAA